AUGAAGCACAACAAAAUAUUCACGGCUAUAGUUGCCCUUGGCGUGGCUCGAGGCUCGCUCGCUCAGAGUACGACAUGGUGCGGAAAGAACUUCAUGCCAAAUCAGUCUGUCGUACCCCCUGGCGGACAGUUUGUCUUGCCCACGCAGAGUGCUGAACCGCUUCUGUCAUUCCGCUGUGCCCCUGUCUUCCGCCCAUACCUCGAGGAGGAUGCGAAGAGUGCGGCUUUUGUAGUGGAUACCCCGAUUGUUUACGACUGGGUUUCCGGUGCUGAGCGCCUCUCACUCCCUUCCGGCUCUGGCUCUUCUGGCGGCUCCAGUGACAUGGGAAGUCUCUGUGUGACAAUUAGCGUGGGCUCCGUCCACACCACCGCAAACGUUGCUUUGAACUCCACUGGCAUUCAAAUCCCCAUAGAUAUCAGCGAUCUUAAGGCUCGGAAGACCGCGUACGAUGUCAGCUGCUCUGCUACGUAUUCUGCCCCUUCGUCUUCGAAGUCCCAGUCUGCAAACGAGCAGACAUUCCACACUCGCACAUCCCUUUUGUAUCUUCCUGAUACAGAUGCUUCCGUCACGAAGACAGACUUGCGCACCGGUGCACUGUGGGUCCGGCCUCUAAGCGGUGCUGGUGCAUUUGCGCCCUUCAUCCCUCAAGGAUUCUACGUAAAUUUCGACCUGCAUCUCGCCUCAAAUUUGUCUAUAAUCGAUCAGUUGAAAGCCGAUGGGUUUAACACGCUUCACCCAAUUCCUCCUUAUGAUAACCUUGCUAUUUUCCAACAAGUCAUUGAAAAGACCAUCAGUGCCGGCAUGUACAUCGUUUAUGAUAUGCGAUCGACCUACCAAAACCUGACCGCUGUUGCUCAACAAGUGAACACCUACGUCUCGAUUCCUAACCUACUGAACUGGGAGACCGCACACGAGCCCGAUGGCAACUCUGAUCCCCAUAGUGCGGCGCAGGCAGCGUAUGACUUAAUAUACCAAAUGGAUGGAUAUCAUCCUAUCUCUAUUGUUCUGAAUUGCCAAGACUACAACUUCUCGCCUUACGUCAAGGGAGCGGAUAUCGUUCUGCAGGACGCUUAUCCCAUUGGUAUCAAUGCCACAUGGUCUCCUGUGUGGCACACAGAGUGUACUCCGGACUUCGGUCACUGCGGUUGCGACAACUGCCAGGGGUACAUGUGGGAUGUGAGGGCCCGCGUGCAGACCUACAAAGACAGACUCAACAUCUUGGGAUAUGACCGCACCAAGUCUGUGUGGACAACGCCACAGGCCAUCGGCAGUGGCGCGUACUGGAACACGACUCCCACUGGCCAGCAAUGGGCUGCCAUGGAAUUUACUUCCUUCACUCAUGGUGCUCUAGGUUCCAAGUCCUUCCAAUACCCAACCACAACCGGCAAUAUUGAGACGAUCGAGGGGACAGCGACUAAUCUCAACGUUCUCAUCACAGACGUCGUUCAGCCCUUCAUCGUCGACCCGACCGCCACAUAUGCCAACUACGACUACCAAGAUGUGGAUAUCGGUGUCUGGUACAACGGUACUGCAUACUUGCUCAUCGUUGCCAACUUGGGCAACGCGCAGGUCCUUGUUCCAUGGAAGGAGACUGGGGUGCCGAUCACCUCCAACGCGACGACGCAGCUACAGCGAAUAUUCUCUGUUAGCCAGAACACAAACAUCACUGGUCUGAGGUUCCUACCUGGAGGUAUUGGUAUUUACACUGCGACGCCUUGA